AUGGCAAUCAAUAACUUAGUCCUCAUUGUUGAGGAGAAGGCGAUGAGAAAGAGCCUGGAGUGCUUCUCAGAGCAGCAGCGUUCGGCAGCUUCCAGUGAGAGCAGCUCUCUGUUCUCUGCCUCUUUCUUUCCGUUCCCAGCGCUUCUUGGCAGGCGCAGACGGCAGGAAUGGACCAGCAUGUCCUCCAUGGUGAUGUGUGCGGACCACCCCGGGCUGACCUUCACUCUGGCUCUGGUCAGGACGGAGCCCACCUACAACCAGCCCAUGCAGCAGUGGAGCUUCGUCUCAGACUUUGCUGUCAGAGAUUACUCCGGGACCUACACUGUGAAGUUGAUCUCCUGCAUGGCAUCACCCAACGGGGAGUUCAGUGUUCCUCCUGUCUGCCAUCCCAGAGAGCCUCUAACGUUUGACAUGGACAUCCGCUUCCAGCAGGUUAGUGACCCAGUGGCAGCAGAGUUCAGUCUCAACACUCAGAUGUUCCUGCUGUCCAAGAAGGAGCUGUGGCUGUCUGACGGCUCCAUGGGCUUCGGAGAGGGGACUGAUACUGCUUUUUUAGACGGCUCCAUGAUCUACGGCCGUGUGAUGGUGGAUCCGGUCCAGAACCUGGGCGACUCGUUCUCCUGCGGCAUCGAGAAAGUCUUCCUCUGCACCGGAGCAGAUGGAUACGUUCCCAAAUACAACCCCACCAACAAGGAGUUCGGCUGCCUGGCAGACGCCCCCUCUCUGCUCUACAGAUUCAAGAUCCUGGACAAGGCCCAGCCAGAGACUCAGGCUUCAGUGUUUGGUGACGUUUCCUUCAAGGCCACGCUGGCUCUGGACACACCCGGAGGUCUGCCUUUAGCAAGACAGCCAGGAUCAGACGGCUUCACACUCUCCUCGUCUCCACUCUUCCAGGUUGCUGCUGGUAGAGAAUGGUUCAUCCACACCAUCUACACCGUGCGCUCCAAAGAAAACGCCCGCCGCAACAUAGGCAAGCGCAGCGUGGAGUAUCUGCACCACAGCAUCUCCUCGGUGGAGCAGCCCGACACCUCCGUGCUGCUCUCAGACCGCCACCGCCGCGCUGCCCCCACCUUCUCUAACGCCGCCGUUGCCGUCCAGGACAUCGGCAUCGAAAACAACCGAGGCACCAACAUCCAGCACAUCUCUCUGGACCGAGCCGACCGCAUGGUGGUCAGCCAGCGCCAGCCCUGGUCCCCCAACAACCGAGACCCCCUGCUGGAGCGCCCCCUGCUGGAGAGCUCGGGCAGAGAGCUGGCCGACUCCUCCACCCUGCCCAUGCUGGUGGGCAUCGCCGGGCUGAUCCUCCUCAUCUGCCUCAUCGCCACCGCCGUCAUCCUGCUGCUGCGGCGCAAGAAGAAGGAGAAGAAGGCCCAGUUCCCCCCCUACACCACCUCCUCUUCCUCGGCCUACAGCUCAGGCACAGGGGGAAUGUGGAGCAGCGCAGACAACUCUGAGGUCUAGAUCCCUCCACCUCAAACGCCUGCCCCCUCUUAAAAAGACUGAUAGUCUCCUCCACCAUUGUGCCUUUAAAGCCCGACUCUUGUAGCACUGAAUCGAGCCCAGAACAGUGUCAGUGCUCGGGGGGGCCUGCAUGCAGAGAACGCGCCAGAGGGAGGGGUCUUGUUGACCUCUGACGAUGGCUAGUUCUUGCUGUAGUGAGAUAUAGGUUUGUGCAGCCUAUUUUGAAUCAUGGAUGUACAAAGAAGCCCCUCACACUUAUUCACGUGCUUCUUUGGUUGUCAAGUUGUAAAAUAUCCCGCUUCAUGCAGCAUUUGCAAAUGCCUAGAAAUCCUUAUUGAGUAGAUGCAAUUAUAUACAAGAGUUAAAAGGCUAAGUUGCUUCAAAUUGUCUAUGUUCCUCCUUAAAAGAUAAUACUUUAUCACGUUUUUUUUAUUGGCGUUAUUUUAUUUUGUGGAGAGUAAAGCAAAAUGGAUUGAAUGUUAGUUGAAGCUGACCUUAUGAAUGAGAAUGUGAUAAAUGAUUUGUAAUAUUUAACUGUAGGGCUUAAAGAGCCUGCAGUAUAUCUGCCCACCGCUUAGUAACAAUGCCGAUGUUGUGUCAUUGAAAGGGAUUGUACAUUGUAGUCUUGAGAAUGCAGAAUUAUUAUAUUUUUCUUUUUUUGUUUAAAUAACUAUUCUUUUCAGGUCAAUGUGGCUGAAAUCAGAUUCAAAACUAUCUGUGUACAUAUCAAUGUAGGACAAUGAAAACGGUAUUACUACACCCUGGUGAAACUUGAAAAAAUAUGAACUGUCUUUCUGGUUUGUCAAUCAAGUCCUGAAAAAAAAAAAGUGCAUUAUAAAACUGUUCUUCUACAGCUGAUAGUAUAUUUUAUUGUGCCAUUUGUUAGUAGACUUUUAUGGCUUAUUAAUUGUGACAAUUUCAAAAGUUUGGAUGUAUGUACACUUCAUCGGCCAAAUAUAAAAUGUCCUUUUUUUGAAUCAGUGUCUUAUUUAUCACACACGUAUUUAAAAAAAAAAAAAAAAGGUUUAUUUGUGACUUUAAAAUACAUUUUCCACUUCACAUAGGAAGAUAAAAGAACAAAUGUUUUCUUUAAAAUGGUACAUAUUGUUUUGAGCAAUGGAAUGUGGUACAACCAACAGGCAUAAAUACAUUUAUUUCAAUGAAGUACUAGAAAAAA